AUGCUAUUACUCAAUUCUUCCCUCAAUGGGGGCUUCUCCUAUCACGGCCUUCUUGCCACUACUGCAAUGGCUGGGGUGACCUCUCAUCUUGGCUUCUUCAUCCGAGGAGAACACCACAUAGCAGCACCUAUCAUUGCUAGGGUAUACUUUGUUCUGCUUCUUGCUGUUUUCUUCCUUGGGAUUAAGUACUUGGGAAUUUAUGGGGGGUCUAAAGUGGCAGCCGUAGUCUCAGGAGUUUAUGUUGCUUCCCUCCUAAGCAGCAUUAUUACCUACCGCAAGCUGUUUCAUCGCAUUCGGGGCUUCCCUGGACCCUAUUUGGCAGGAGCGAGCAAGCUCUGGCACCUAUUUCAUGUUCGAGAUUCUCACAACCACCUGUUCCUUGACAAGUUACAUGAAAAUACGGAACGUCCGACUGAAAUCACUAUAUUCUCGCCUGAAGUCGUCAAAGUUGCGGACGGUCCAAACAAUAACUGCACGAAAGCCGUCUGGUAUGACAUAUUGAUUCCAUUAACUGCGUUGAACACAACUCGAGACAAGGUACAUCAUGAUCAACGUCGCCGAAUAUGGAACCAAGGCUUUACCAAGAAAGCCUUAACCGACUACGAGAACAGGAUCAAUACAUAUGGUGAGGCACUUGAGAGACAUAUAGCAUCGACUACUGGCCAACCUGUCAACGUAUCUGAAUGGUUCUACUUCCUUACCUUUGAUGUCAUGGGCGAUUUUGCAUUUGCGAGAUCAUUCAAGAUGCUUGAAGAUGAGAACUGGCAUUAUGCCGUUCUGAUGUUGCGUCGAGCUCUCACUCUUCUAGGCCCGUUUAGCUCUGUGCCGUGGCUGAUCCAGCUGGCCUUGAGUAUCCCCAUAAUUCCAGUUGUGCGAGACUGGCAUACCAUGAUCAAAUGGUGCUCUGAUCGUAUGACCGAACGAAUCAAGACCAAAGUUGAAAGACAAGAUAUAUCGUCUUCCUUGAUUAAUGCGUCAUUAAACAACAAUUCCCUCCAACAAGACAGGUUUUUGCUAGAUGGAGAUUCGGUUGCUAUGAUAGUAGCGGGAAGUGACACAGUUGCUUCGGCCCUGAUAUACCUGUUCCGCUGCCUUGCCCUAGAACCAGCCCAUGCAAAACUCUUACGGGCAGAGUCUCUCGGAGUUGACAUCUAUGACCCAAGAGCCUUGGCGUCACUCGACCAUCUCAAUGGUGUGAUCAACGAAAUUCUCCGCUUGUUUCCGUCUGUUCAAACAGGUGGCUACCGACAGACUCCACCAGAAGGCUUGAUUAUCGCAGGUCGAUUCAUUCCUGGCAAUAUCACGGUUGUAGCUCCGCGAUAUACUAUCGGCCGCUUAUAA